ACGGUCGUUUUCAUUCACAGCAAUUAGACUGUCCUCUUUACAUUUAUUUAAUCCUACUCCAAAUUGUACGGUUGUUUUCCUUUUCACAGCAAUUAGACUCUCCUCUGUACAUUUAUCCUGAUAUAGCAAUUUUUUAUGCUGCAAUCUAUUUUCUUUUUAUUUUUUAUGCAAAUUCGACGAGAAUUUAUAUUGGCCUCUGCAAUAUAGUAAUGCUUUUCAAUUCAUCCUAACAAAAUCUAGCUUCGGAUUUAAACUGUAUAAAAAUGCCUUUUCUGUUAACUAAAUCUCUUAACAUGAACACCAUCUCUUCUCAAAUCACAACAGCAACUAAAACCAUAUUCAAGGAAGGAAAAAUCAACUUAGAAAUCUCCAAACUAUGUAGAGAAAACCGGAUGAAGGAAGCCACGGGUUAUUUUAAUUCCAUAGAUAAGAAAAACAUAAAAGUAGAUCGCAAUACAUACAUUUCUCUUGUACAAAUUUGCACACAAAAUAAAGCUCUAAAUGAAGGAAAAUCAGUCCACAUACACAUGCUGUCAGUUGGGUUUCAACCUGAUAUAUAUAUAACUACCAAGCUUGUAAGUAUGUAUGUAAUGUGUAACAGUCUGGCUGAUGCACGCCAACUGUUUGACAAAAUGCCAACGAGAAAUAUCUUCUGUUGGAAUGCACUGCUAAGAGGGUAUAUCAGAAACAGAAUUUUUGAAGAGACUGUCAGGCUUUAUCACCAAAUGCUUGAGGAUGGCAUACAGCCAGACCGUUUUACAUUUCCCUAUGUUCUCAAAGCAUGCUGUGGGAUGUCAGAUUUUGAAGAAGGUAAAAAGGUCCAUGAUCUGAUUAGAUCUGGAGGGCUUGAAUCUGAUGUUAUAGUGGGAAGUAGUCUUAUUGAUAUGUAUACUAAAUGUGGUUAUUUGGAUGAUGCACGCCAAGUGUUUGACAAAAUGACUGAACGAGAUAUUGUUACAUGGAGUGUCAUGAUUGGUGGUUCUGUGCAGAAUGCUGAUUGUGAAGAGGCUCUGGAGCUGUUUAGGAAAUUUGUACUGUCGGGCGUGAAACUGGAUCCUGUCAUGAUCGUCUGCAUUCUGCCAGCGUGUGCGCGCUUGGGAGCUCUGCAACAGGGUAAGCAGAUUCAUGAGUUUAUACUUAGAAGUGGAUUUAAGUCUGAUAUUUAUGUGCUAAAUGCCAUGAUUGAUUUAUAUGCUAAAUGCGGUAGAAUUGAAGAUGCAUUGCAUAUAUUUGACAAAAUGACUGAAAGAGAUGUUGUCUCAUGGAGUUCAAUUAUCGCUGGGCAUUCACAGAAUGGACAUUAUUAUGAGACCUUGAGACUGUUUCGUGAAAUGAAGCUGGCUGUUGUGGAGCCUAGCUCAGUCACCUUUGCAGGAGUUAUCUCUGCAUGUGCUGAAUUGGUAAAUGUUAAAUUGGGAAAGGAAAUCCAUGGUUACGUAAUUAGAAGUGGCCUACAGAUGGAUGUUUUUGUGGGCAGUGCACUUAUUGAUAUGUAUUCCAAAUGCGGGAGACUAGAAAUUGCACGUCGAGUGUUUGAUCAAAUGUUGCAUAGAGAUUUGGUGUUAUGGAAUUCAAUGAUUGCUGGAUAUGUCCAGAAUGGACAUUGCAAGGAGGCCUUAAAACUCUUUAAUCGAAUUCAUGAGGCUGGCUUGAAGCCCAACAUGGUUACUUUAGUGAGUAUUCUACCUGCUUGUGCGGCCUUUGGAAGCCUGAAGCAAGGAAAGGAAAUCCAUUCUUACAUAGUUAAAGGUGGGUUGGAAACAGAGUUAGUUGUGGGCUGUGCUCUGAUAGAUAUGUAUGCCAGGCGUGGGGUUAUGAACAGUUGUCAGCUUGUUUUUAACCGAACGUCUUCUAGAGAUGUGGUUCUAUGGAAUUCAAUGAUAUGUGGUUAUGUUCAGAACAGUUAUAGCGAUGAAGCCUUAAAAUUCUUUUGUCACAUUCAACAAUCAGGCAUCACACCUGAUUCGGUCACUUUAUCAAGCAUUCUUCCAGCAUGUACGCACUUAGCAAAUCUGCAGAAAGGGAAGGAGAUACAUGACUAUGCAAUCCGAAAUGGAUUUGAGGCCUGUGUGUCCAUUGGAAAUGCCCUCAUAGACAUGUAUGCCAAGUGUGGGACUAUUAAAUCUGGUCGCUAUGUGUUUGACAGGAUGGGUGAAAGGGAUGUGGUUUCAUGGAAUGCAAUUAUUGCGGGAUAUGGACUGCAUGGAUAUGUGGUUGAUGUAUUCCAUCUGUUUAAUGAAAUGAAUAGGACAGGCAUGCAACCUGACUAUAUUACAUUCAUUGCCCUGCUUUCGACAUGCAGCCGUGCGGGCCUGGUGGAUAAAGGUUGGGAAUUUUUCGAAUCUAUGAGACGAGAUUAUGAAAUCAUGCCUAAGAUGGAGCACUAUGCAUGCAUGGUUGACCUCCUUGGCCGAUCUGGACAGCUGGAUCAGGCACGAGAUUUCAUUGAGAGAUUGCCACUAAAACCUGGUGCUGACGUGUAUGCUAGCUUACUUGGAUCCUGCAGAGUCCACCACAAUGUAGAGUUAGCAGAAUUUACUGCAGAACAACUUUUUAAGUUAGAGCCUGACAAUGCUGGAUAUUAUGUUCUCCUUUCAAAUAUAUAUGCCACUGCUGGAAGGUGGGUUGAUGUAGAAAAGGUAAGAUUGCUAAUGAAAGGUAGAGGUGUAGAAAAACAGCCAGGAUGUAGCUGGAUUGAGGUCGGUAACGGGAUACACACAUUCAUUGUAGGAGAUAAGUCCCAUCGGCAAGCUCCAAAAACCUAUGAGACAUUAGAGAGAUUGUUUGGGCAGAUGAAGGUACCAGGGAAUGUUCCUGACACUGAAUUCACACGGCAUGAUAUGGAAGAACAUGGAUUUUUGUAGCUAUACAAAAAAGUUAGCUCUUGUUGUUUCGGCAUAUUUGCAAAGUUUGAGGAAUCGUUGGGAUUAUUUCAUUUACUACUACUGUGUAACUGGCAACUAACACAUUCCAACAAACUACAAUUCAAAGCUGGGAAUAAUUUCUACAAUUCAAUGCUUGAAAGUUGUAUGGUUGUCUUCUGAGCAUUCAUAGUAAUCCCGAUUUUUUACAGCUUACAGAAAUGGCCGAGAAAUUUAUGGGUUAUAACUUGUGCUUGGAAGAGGUGAAAGAGUGAUCCAUGCUAUAUAAGCGGUUGAGGCAUAUUGUUUGGAAUCAAACUACCAUGUUGAUGUAAACAGGUAAUUUCUCGUGUGCUGUUAAGGUCUUAUUUGAGCUUUCGCAGAAACUCAUUCAAAGAGGCAAUACUGUUAAAGCAUUUAGGGAUUCCUAAAUCAACCUAACAAGUGGUUUCAGUCUCACUUCUGUUGAAAUGCAAAUUGGAAUACCACAUAGGUUGGGAUUAGAAUGUUGAAGAAGCCAGAUUUUGUUCUACAAUCUGUCUCUGGGAACUGUCUGUUAUUUGUCCUGUUUUGUGGGGUUAGGGCUCCCAAGAGAACUGUCUCGUUUCCAGAUUCAAGGUUGAGAAAAUUGGGAGAGAGCCUCAACUUUUCAAAAGAUUUGGAUGCAGCAGGAAAUGAAAUGCAAAUGGCAUUGAAUUUGAAGGUGAUGUAUGUGUAGUAAUCCUGCAAGAAAUGGAAAAACUUGCAAAUGUAGUAAAGAUGAUUAUGGGACCAAAGGCUAGCAAUCCCCUUACGGGAUAAACUUUUGGUGCUCAAAAUGUGACUAAUGAUGGCAUCACUGCAGAAAAAGGCAUCAAGGUUAAGAACAAAUUGGAGAAUGUUGGUGCAAGUCUUUUUAUGAAAGUGAUGAAUGCAACAUUUGAUACUGCUUAUGACGAUACAGCAUGCACAACUGUUCUUAAAAAAAUUUCAGAGAGUUAUAAAUCAAUAGAAGCAUGGUCAUUGGUGUAGUGUAGCCAAAUGAUAUCAGAAAUCUCUUCUGGAUUUGAGUAUUCAGGAACAUUGUUUCAUGGUUAACAGUAGCUUUUCACUUGCAUCAAUAAUCCAGCGCACACAAUGUGUUGAGAAGUUGCAGAAUACCAACCAUUUUGCAACUUAGAACCUUGCUCCUAUUUAUAUUUGCCCCCAUUGGUAGAUGACAUUGUCUAUUAGGCUAUUUCAACCUGUGUAGUUUAUUCAUAAUAUAAAACUGUAGUUUUGUUUACCCAAAGCAUGGGAGUCUUGAGUGUGCUAGACCUCUCUCUGCAUGCCAAUGCUUAUCAUUGUAUCAUUUGGAAGUGAUCAAUGAUGGUUAGUGUUUUUCAAUUGAAGAUGCUGUAUGAAAUCAACGAAGCCAGUACAAAUUAGCAAUCAAAGAAUGUAUGAUACCAUACAGAAAGAGCCAUCAAAACAGAACAGACUGACAGUGUGAAAACAACAGUUCAUUUGUCCACAAUGAGAGUGCCACUAUUGAAUUGCAUUUUUAGUAGCCAUAAAAAUUAUGGUGCUGUGAAUGCUGUGAAGGUACUGGAGCUUCGUUUGAUUGACUUUUCUCUGUUUAGAUAAGUAACCGUCAAGAAAGGAGAAAGCACGAAAUGCUGUAUUCAGAUCCUAAAUCUUCUUUGUCAUUGUCAGGUUAUUCUGAUUUGCAGCCAACUGAACCGUCUAUUGCUCCCAAUUGUGCAAGCUCAACAUUUAAGAGUUAAGAGUUGCUUCAAGAAACCUGGAGAGAUUAGUCAAAUGCAAUAUUAGUGUUGUGAAAUUGUAGAGGGGCUGUCUUUGCUCUUUAUUGCCUAUGCAAUGGGUACUAGGAUAGGAAUCUUGAAUGAUGUUAUAUAGUUGAAAGGUGUUGAUGUGUGUUUUGACACACCAACAUAUUGGAACGACAAAUGUUCCCCUGCUUGGAAAAUGUUAAU